AACGAAACGCAGCAGCUCUUGACUGAGAGCUUGAAGAAGAGCUGAAGACGGAGCUGGUCGAGCUUCUUCGUCUUCCUCUCUCCUGCGCCAACAAUGGCGGAGAUCGCCGAGUCCUCCGACACCUCGCCGGACCCUCCGGCGCCAAAGUCCGACCGGCGAGAGGAGUUCGAUCCGGAAACCAUGCGGAGAACCAAGCCCGGAGCGAAGCGCCUCGUCCUCACCCUCUCCGUCCUCGUCUCCUUCCUAAUCGGUUUUCCUCUCCUGUGGAAGUCGGUCGAAAUCUACCGCGCCCCGCUCCUGUUCGACGACAUCGAUUCGCUGUCCAAGCGGAUGGAAUCGGAGCCUCUGCAGUUCCCGUGUAAUUUCCGCGCGGUGUUCGUAGGGUUUGAUUUCGGAUCGGAGGAUUUCGACCGCGCCGAUAAUCUGAAAUCGUCGAUUGCCAAUCGGAUGGACGGAUUUGUGUCGGGAACUUCGCAAUGUGGAACCUGCAGUAGCAAUUAUUCUGUCUCGGUGGUGAUGGAAUCGAACUCCCAUUGCGUCCAGAGCCGUGGCGGUAGACGUUCAUGUCCAUAUCAGUGUGGUGCAAUUAGUUCCGUGGAUUUUGCUAGUGACGAUGAGAGCAUUGACGGUUCAUUGGAGCGUGUGUUGGGAGGAGAGUGUUCAGGGUUAGCCGGGAAGGUAUACACCGUAGUGGUGGUGAAUGAGGACGCGGGAGAUAAAGCUGUAAUAGGAAAGUACAGACAUGCUUGGAUUGUUGGUAGGACGCAGGAAGAGAAAGCCGUGGAAAAUAUUGCAGAGAUUUUUGUUAAGGUAUUCUCGAACGGUGGCAAAGAGGAAGGAUUGAUUCAUGGGGAAUUUAUGCCUGUUGGAGCUGAUGGGAGGAUCGUGCUUUCUUUCAAUUUGCUCAACACUGAUCCGCAGGAUUGGAUUUAUGAUUGGGAUUUUAAUACGAUAGAGGAGCAUAUGUUGUCCCCAUUAGUUGAAGCUUUGGGACCUAUUGCAAACAUAACUGUGGAAAGUCAGGUUCUGUAUCAUACUCCAAAAUCCUGCCAUGCUUCUUGGGAUGAUGAGUUGAAAAGCUUCAUCCUAAACACUGGUGAUCUCCCAUUCUUUGUCAAUUCAAAUGAGUGGCAUCUGGACACUUCAACUGCAGCUGGUGGGCGGUCCAAGGUUUUGCAGCUUGUGCUAUACAUACCAUCUGCAAAGGAGUGCCCUCUAAAUUUACAGCUUCCGAAUAGGGAGAUCUCCAAGGCUAAUGGAUAUAUAUCACCUAUGUGGGGAGGUGUAGUUGUUUGGAAUCCCAAGAAUUGUUUGCAGGAUCCAGAAAAGUACCCUGCAUGGCACAAAAUUUCACCUCAGGAUCUUCAGAAGAUAUUUGAAGUUUUUGUGGCUCAGAUACGUCAACUUAUCGGUCUAAAAUCUGAUAACCUCUUUAUUGGAACAUCAGGCAGGUCCAUCAUGUUAGCUAGUGAGAAAGGCUUCACAGAAUGGGAACUGGAUGCCUUGACUAGGCAACAUACCUGUUUUAAUCUACGGUCAUGUGCUACAACCCUUAGCUCCCUCUCCAGACUGGUUCAAUCCCUUCCUCGAAUGAUCAUAAAGGAUGAGAUAGGGAAGCAGGUUAAGCUUUCUAUGGAAGCUGCAAAACAGGCUGAGAGUGAUGCCUCCCAUGGCAUUUAUGAUGCUGCUGCUGUUUCCUCGAGGCAAUCAAGAGCUCUAGCCGAGGAUGCCUUUUUUCAUCCAUCUAUUAUGUCUAUCAGCUAUUACUCCUUCGAGCACUGCUUUGCUGUCUACUCGCCUUUCUUCCUCCCGGUGUCCCUGCAUGUCGUCCUUGCGGCUUUGAGAGAAUGGAAGAGAUAUCAACGAGAAAAUAAAAAGUACUUUGCAUGGAAAGCCCGAGAAGACGCAUCAUAGUGGUGGGGCAUUUUCUCUGACCUAGUAAAUCUCUCAGUAGGAGCGUGCAGUGCACAUCCUGAAAUUUUACCUUCACAAUUCGGGGACUUAAUUCGAAGAAAUAGCUUCUACGACAAUCAGCAGUUCGGAGGUGAGAACAUUACGGUGAGACCAAGAUUUGUAGGACUUUUAGGAGCUUAGGAGCACAGGCGCAGAAGGCUUCGACCCUCAGUGACUAAUUUACUAGCCUUUGGAGCUUAAGUUUACCUUUUCAUGUGAGGUGUUUUUGAAAUGUGAGAUUGUAAAUUGUUUUGUACCUCAAAUACGAAGUCUUCAAAAUCGUAUUGACAUUGGCGUUUAGGUUAUCAUGCUUCUGUAA